AUGGAGGCAGAAACUCAUGAAAAGCGCCCCGAUGGCAAUCACACUCCAUCACCAGACAACGAUGAGAUGGAACACAUGAGCGUAGGGAGGUAUCUCUGGACGAGGCUGCCAACGCUGGUACCACCGAUGAAUCCCGCCCCUAACCCAUUUAAGGCGCUUUCUCUUCUCAAUAGACAGCAAUGGCUUUUCUUUACAGUCGCGUUUCUAGGGUGGUCCUGGGAUGCAUUCGAUUUUUUCACGGUUUCUUUAACAACUUCUCAAUUGGCAGAGGCCUUCGAUAAAUCCGUUUCCGACAUCACCUGGGGAAUUACCCUUGUACUCAUGCUUCGAUCCGUGGGUGCCAUCACCUUCGGAAUUGCCUCUGAUCGCUGGGGUCGAAAAUGGCCGUUCAUUGUCAAUAACAUCCUCUUCAUUGUUUUGGAGCUGGGCACUGGCUUUUGCCAGACCUAUAAGCAGUUCUUAGCUUGCCGCGCUCUCUUUGGGAUUGCAAUGGGUGGUCUCUAUGGGAAUGCAGCGGCAACGGCGCUGGAGGACUGUCCCUUGGAAGCGCGAGGCAUCGUGUCCGGUCUGCUCCAACAGGGGUACGCAUUCGGCUACCUGCUGGCCACUGCAUUCGCACGGGGAUUAGUCGAUACUACUCCUCACGGAUGGAGACCGCUGUAUUGGUUUGGCGCCUGUCCUCCCGUUUUGAUUAUUCUCUUCCGAUUGUGUCUGCCGGAAACCAAUACGUUCCUUCAACGGCAGGCUACCCGAGAAGACGUUCGAGGUGGAGUAGCGUCAUCCUUCAUCUCAGAAGGCAAAACAGCUCUGAAGCGGCAUUGGUUGCUCCUUCUUUACCUCGUUUUGCUGAUGGCGGGUUUCAACUUCAUGUCGCAUGGAUCCCAAGACUUGUAUCCAACCCUCUUGAAAAGCGAGUUUAGCUUCUCUGCCAACGCUGUGACUGUUACUCAAGUUGUCUCCAACCUAGGCGCUCUCACCGGUGGGACGCUGUGUGGCUGGGCGAGUCAGAUCUUUGGGCGUCGGUUUUCUAUCAUCGUGAUCAGCAUCGUCGGUGGUGCGCUUCUAUACCCCUACACCUUCGUCACCUCGACCGACGUCAUGGCCGCGGCGUUCUUUGAGCAGUUCUGCGUGCAGGGCGCAUGGGGGGUGAUCCCCAUUCAUUUGAUGGAGCUGUCUCCGGGAGCAAUUCGCACCUUCACGGUGGGAACGGCCUACCAGUUGGGCAAUCUGGUCUCGUCGGCCAGUUCCACGAUUGAAUCCACGAUCGGCGAGCGCUUUCCCCUGCCACCCACUGAGACGGAAAAGCAUCGAUACCAGUAUGGGAAAGUCAUUUGUAUCUUUAUGGGCUGUGUGUACGCCUACACAAUUAUAGUGACCUUCUUCGGGCCGGAGCGACUGGGCCGCCAAUUUGAUGUUGCGCAUGAUACUGAUAUGGCGGAGGUGGCCGCCCAUCGUGGGACGACUACGGUGGGGGAAGGUGCCGAGAGCGAUGUGGAGAAGGGCACGGUCUCCCGGGUUGAAGGCUAG